AUGAAAACAUCCUACCUGUUUGCUUCCGGUCAGCCUGACCUCACGAUGAGGCAGAAGACUUGGCGGUGGGUUUUUCUUCUCGGCCGACUUCAUCUUCAUUCUGUAUUUAAGAGCCCAAAAUUAGGUACCCACGUUAUUUCUUCCCCAAGUGGGUUCUACAUUGCUAAACGCCUUGCUUGCUUCCAGGGUUUGUCGUUUGUUAUCCCAACUGGUGCAUCUCAGAAUUUUAGUGGCAAGGUGAAGGUAUACUCCCUCUAUCAAACUACAUUUUUUGGAUUCGUUAUUGAAGAUGCUCUGGUGGGGGUUGGGGUUAGGACCGUAGAUGAACAGGCUGGAUCAGGAACUCAACACACCAAAUGGUCCAUAAAAAUCCUCAACAUAUAUCAUGGAGUAUCCAUAGAGAAUAUCAGGCUUGAGUUCAUUUAGUUGUUAUUUCUCUUUAUACGACAUUCAACUACCCUUAAUUUGGGAUGUGCCCCUGUAAUCCCAUUAACAAGCCAAAGAAAAAGUAAUACCAGAAGUUGUCCAAGUUCAAGAACCCAAGAAGAAAAUGUGAACAGGUGGUAAGUACGUCUCUCAAAAUGAUCGAUCUUGAUUUCCCUUUUCAAUUAAAGUUUCUUCUUUCAUGAUGAAUACGGUUCUCUUUGUCUGUUUUGGCAUCUUCAAUUUAAAAUAUUUGUGCAAAAUUUCUGUGUUUCCUAGGGCAAUUUUGGUAAACUAUGAAAAAAGUUUUAAAUUUUGUGAAGAACCCAUCUUCUCUUUAUUUUUUGAUGUUCUUGUUGAGUUUGUUGGGUAAAUAAGUUCAUAAUCCACACCUUUUUGGUACGAUGUAUUGAUAACACAUAGACACUUGUGAUUUAUGUUUUUAUUGAAUCUUUUAAGGGGAAAUCCAAAAACCCACAUGAUUUUUGUACAGGUAGUGCCCCAGUGUGUGUGAGUGUUCUUUUAAGGGUAUAUGUUGUAUGAUUUGCAAACAUUUUCAAAUUUAAGGAAAAAAAUCCCAAAAUCCACAUUAUUUUUUACAAGCAUAUGCAUACAUAUAUGUUUUUGUAGGAAUGUUUUCUUUCUGUGUCAAAAGGGUAUUUCUGGUCAAAUUAUUUAACAAAAGUUCCAUUAUGGCAAACUUUUUUUUUAACUGUUCGUUUGAAGCUUCCAGGAAACAAAAAUCCAAAAUUCACUUUGUUGGAGAAAAGAAUGUGAGCUAAAAAGUUUAUUUGUUUAAAGAAUAAUCGUCCUUAUUUUGAGAAACAUUUUCCUGUUAAAAAGUUGGAAUUAGUCAUGAGUAAUUUUUACUUCUCUUUAGCUUUUUUUGUUUUUUGUAAUUGCUAAUUUGCUAGAUAUAUAUCCUCUGUGCUUCAUAAUCAAAGUGGAUUACAAUUCCUCUUUCCCGCUUCUUCUCCUUCUUACCCCGUAAUCUGCUCAAGAUUUGAUUUCGAUUAUUUUAACAAAUCUUUAUCUUAUGGGUUGAUUCAAUAUUGGCAAACAAGAACAGAGGAGGAGGACAGCAGAGAGGCAACAAUCGGAUUCAUUGUGUGUAAUUGUUCCUAUCGAUUAAGAGAUGAGAGCAACUGGAAAAUUCGAGAGUGUUGAGGGUUUAUGAUGUCAUUAAGGAUUUGGUAAGUUGUAUAUAUUAGUUAUUUUCCAUUGAUUAAAACACUAUACCUUUGGCUUGGCAUAGAAGAAGACGGAAACAGUAGAAGUCAAGAGAUAAGAAGGUGGUUUAUGGUUAUUUUUAUUGUCGAUACAGAUUUUAUAACAACUAAUUCGAAUUUGUUAUAUGUGGAGAUAGGAUGGGAUUACAGCUCAAAUAUUUCUUCCAUAAAUUCAACUAAUGAACACUAGAGUGCAAAAUCAGGGUGCAUGUUUCCAUUUAGUUGACUACACUAGAAACCAAAUCUUCACAAGGGUCUAAUGAGGUUGACCAAUGUGGUCAAAUUUGUCCAGUAUUGGAAGCUUUACCUGGAGUGGAUGUAUCAUUUGGUUCUGAUUACUCUGAGGGUAUCAGUUCUCAAAUUCAUGAUGCUGCUAAACUUAAGGGCCCCUUAUCCUAGGCACUUAGACUAGACAGCUACAUAUGGUUGUUUUUCUUUCACCGACCUCACGCUUGAGUUAAUUGCUGGUAAGCUGCCUGCCUACUUCAACCUUACCUCAUCGUGACGCUUUGCUGAGUCACGCUCUAUUAACAGCUCUGGUCGCCACCUCCUGCUGUGUUUUUAAAGAUUGCUAUUAUAGCCGAAGAAGGCAUUCUCCACUACCCGAUGUGACUACCCCGAAAUUUGAAGUUAUAUCCAUCGACACCAGGUGGGUUCAACUGAAUUUGUGAUUGAAGGUUAGAUAUGGGUUAUGUUUUGCUUUGGGAUUAGAUUGGGUUUAUUACUCCAUUUUGGUUUGAAGAUCAGAUAUGUGUUUGGAUUUGGAAAAGAGUAUGACUAUAGAAAAAGGGGGCUAAUGGUGAAGAUAUAGCCAAAAAUCGAC